AUUAUUUGCUGGAAGAUUUUAUAACAGAUGUUACAAGGCAGACAAACAAGCACACGCUCCCAGAGCCAGAGCACGCUGAGCCAGGCACGCACGCACGCGCCAGUACCAGGAGAGCCACAGGCUGGGGUGAUGGAGGGAGUGUGCUCUGUGGGGCGAGCUCUGCUCCGAAGCCCUGCUAAUGUCUCUGUGUGGCCAUGCUGUAUUUUCAGCUUGUCAUCAUGGCUGGGACAGUGCUGCUUGCCUACUACUUCGAAUGCACUGACACUUUUCAGGUGCAUAUCCAAGGAUUCUUCUGUCAGGAUGGAGACUUGAUGAAGCCUUACCCGGGGACAGAGGAGGAAAGCUUCAUCACCCCUCUGGUGCUCUACUGUGUGCUGGCUGCUACCCCGACUGCUAUUAUUUUUAUUGGUGAGAUAUCCAUGUAUUUCAUAAAAUCAACAAGAGAAUCCCUGAUUGCCCAGGAGAAAACAAUUCUGACUGGAGAAUGCUGUUACCUGAACCCCUUACUCCGAAGGAUCAUAAGAUUCAUAGGAGUGUUUGCAUUUGGACUUUUUGCUACUGAUAUUUUUGUAAACGCCGGACAAGUGGUCACUGGGCACCUAACGCCAUACUUCCUGACCGUGUGCAAGCCGAAUUACACCAGUGCAGACUGCCGAGCACACCACCAGUUCAUAAACAACGGGAACAUUUGCACUGGAGACCUGGAAGUGAUAGAAAAGGCUCGGAGAUCUUUUCCCUCCAAACACGCUGCUCUGAGCAUUUACUCCGCCUUAUAUGCCACGAUGUACAUCACAAGCACAAUCAAAACGAAGAGCAGUCGACUGGCCAAGCCGGUGCUGUGCCUCGGGACCCUCUGCACAGCCUUCCUGACGGGCCUCAACCGGGUCUCUGAGUAUCGGAACCACUGCUCAGACGUGAUUGCAGGCUUCAUCCUGGGCACUGCUGUGGCCCUGUUUCUGGGAAUGUGUGUGGUCCAUAACUUUAAAGGAACGCAAGGAUCUCCUUCCAAACCCAAACCCGAGGAUCCCCGUGGAGUACCCCUAAUGGCUUUCCCAAGGAUAGAGAGCCCUUUGGAAACCUUAAGUGCACAGAAUCACUCAGCCUCCAUGACCGAAGUUACCUGAAACUGCUGAUGCAUCACAAGCUGUUUUUUAAAUCACCUUCCAAUUCGAUACUUCAAAACACACAGUUACUCAAUUUCAAACUGUGAAGACAAGUAUUAUGUUUAUCUAGUUAGAGGCUAAUGUUUUGUACAUUUUUUGUAUAAGGAAGUGAUGUAGCCUGCCCUGAUUUUUUUUUUUUGGGGGGGGUGGGGGUGGAAGGGGGUCAGCUUUAAAAUAUUUAUGCCAGAAUUUUAAAACCAACAAAAGUUUCUUCUUGUUCAAGUGUGCAUUUAAGAACCACAUUUAUUCAAUGGUUGAUGUUGUUUUGUGAUAUUUGUACACAAACCUUCUUUUCUCAGUUUUGUAGACACAGAAAUAAAUAUAAAAAUUCACUUCAAACUUUUAUUACCACAGUUGCUGCCUUCUCCAGAAUUUUUGAACUUUAAUGAAAGUUAAACUUUUGAGUUCCAGGAAGGAUAAUGUUGGUUAAUGAUAAAUCUCCAAGUCAAUUGUGGGGAAAAAAAUAUUACCUUUGAAAAGAACUUUGCGUUCUGAUUUCUUAACAGGUUGUUAC